CUCGCCCGCUCCCUCCCCUCCUGGAGUCGGAGUGCUGUUUUUGUUGUUGGUGAAAGGUGAGGGGAACAGCUGAUACGUCUGUGGGGAGGGCAGCAUGGAGGAGUCAUCUCUAAGCCGGCCACCAUCCCGGGGUGGAGUCACCUUUCUGAAUGUCGCCCGGACCUACAUCCCCAACACCAAGGUGGAAUGUCACUACACCCUUCCCCCGGGUACCAUGCCCAGCGCCAGUGACUGGAUUGGCAUCUUCAAGGUGGAGGCGGCCUGCGUCCGGGAUUACCAUACAUUUGUGUGGUCUUCGGUGCCCGAGAGUCCGGCUGCUGGUUCUCCCAUCCACGCCAGUGUCCAGUUCCAAGCCAGCUACCUGCCCAAACCGGGAGCCCAGCUCUACCAGUUCCGCUAUGUGAACCGCCAGGGCCGGGUGUGCGGGCAGAGCCCCCCUUUCCAGUUCCGAGAGCCGAGGCCCAUGGAUGAACUGGUGACCCUGGAGGAGGCAGACGGCGGCUCUGACAUCCUGCUUGUGGUCCCCAAGGCCACCGUACUGCAGAACCAGCUGGAUGAGAGCCAGCAAGAGCGGAAUGACCUGAUGCAGCGGAAGCUGCACCUGGAGGGCCAGGUGACAGAGCUGAGGAGCCGCGUGCAGGAGCUCGAGACGGCCCUGGCAGCUGGCAGGCAGGAGCACGCCGAGCUCCUGGAGCAGUACAAGGGCCUUGCGCGGUCCCACGGGGAGGUCACGGAAGAACGAGACGUCCUGAGCCGGCAGCAGGGCGACCACGUGGCACGCAUCCUGGAGCUGGAAGACGACAUCCAGGCCAUCAGUGAGAAAGUACUGACAAAGGAGGUGGAGCUGGACAGGGUGAGAGACGCAGUGAAGGCCCUGACUCGGGAGCAGGAGAGGCUCCUCGGCCAGCUGAAGGAGGUGCAAGCCGACAAGGAGCAAAGCGAGGCUGAGCUCCAGAUGGCACAACAGGAGGCCCGGCGCUUAAACCUGGAGCUGCAGGAGGCCAAGGGCCGGCAGGAGGAGCAGGGCGCCCAGGCCCAGCGCCUGAAGGACAAGGUGGCCCAGAUGAAGGGCGCCCUCAGCCAGACCCAGCAGCGGGUGGCUGAGCUGGAGCCUCUGAAGGAGCAGCUUCGAGGGGUCCAGGAGCUGGCCGCGUCCAGCCAGCAGAAGGCCGCGCUCCUUGGGGAGGAGCUGGCCAGCGCAGCGGGAGCCAGGGACCGCACCAUAGCCGAGCUGCACCGCAGCCGCCUGGAAGUGGCCGAAGUCAGCGGCAGGCUGGCAGAGCUCAGCCUGCACGUGAAGGAGGAAAGAUGCCAGUGGAGCAAGGAGCGGGCCGGGCUGCUGCAGAGCAUGGAGGCAGAGAAGGACAAGAUCCUGAAGCUGAGCGCAGAGGUCCUACGACUGGAGAAGGCGGUUCAGGACGAGAGGGCCCAGAGUCAAGUGUUCAAGACGGAACUGGCCCGGGAGACAGAUUCCAGCCUGGUGCAGCUGUCAGAGAGCAAGCGGGAGCUGACCGAGCUGCGGUCAGCCCUGCGCGUGCUGCAGAAGGAGAAGGAGCAGCUACAGGAGGAGAAGCAGGAGCUGCUCGAGUACAUGAGAAAGCUGGAAGCCCGCCUGGAGAAGGUGGCUGACGAGAAGUGGAAUGAGGACGCUGCCACGGAGGACGAGGAGGCCACGGCAGGGCCGAGCUGCCCGACCGCCCUGACAGACUCUGAAGAUGAGUCCCCAGAAGACAUGAGGCUCCCACCCUAUGGCCUGUGCGAGCAUGGAGACCCGAGCCCUUCUCCUGCCGGGCCCCGAGAAGCUUCUCCCCUGGUCGUCAUCAGCCAGCCGGCUCCCAUCGCUCCGCACCUCUCGGGCCCGGCUGAGGACAGCAGCUCGGACUCGGAGGCUGAAGACGAGAAGUCAGUCCUGAUGGCAGCUGUGCAGAGCGGGGGUGAGGAGGCCAACCUGCUGCUCCCUGAGCUGGGCAGUGCCUUCUAUGACAUGGCCAGUGGCUUUGCAGUGGGGGCCCUGGCCGAGGCCAGCGCCGGGGACCCUGCCACACCACCGUGGAGGGAGUGCCCCAUCUGCAAGGAGCGCUUCCCUGCCGAGAGCGACAAGGACGCCCUGGAGGACCACAUGGACGGACACUUCUUCUUCAGCACCCAGGACCCCUUCACCUUUGAGUGACCCCAGCACCUCCCCUGGUACACGGACGCGUGCAUGCACACACACACACACACACACCCCUACACUCAGGUCUCACGCCCCUUCCCCGACACCCUGGGCUCCCUGAUAUUCUGUUUCCUAAGAACUGCUCCUGUGGGCCCUGCUUUCGUUCGAGUUUCCUAAGUUCAUCCUCCCCUCCUGGGCUCCUGCAUCCCCGGCAGCAGCUGAGCUCACCCCGGAAGUGGUGUUGGCAGAACCAGGAUGGAGGAGGCCUUCCCUGGGGGGAACCACAUGGUUCCCUCCUAGCCCUGGCUGCCUGAUUCUCACACGGCCGCCGAGCUCACACACUCACACUCACACUCGCACUCCCUUCUUUGAUGCCCCAAAGCCAAUUCCAGGGGCACCCCUCCCCCUCUUAUUUGGAAUUUGUUUGUUCACCUGAGUUUUCUUGGGCCUGCAGAGAGGCAGUGGCGUGGGCAUCCUGGCCGCCCCAGGCCUGCUUCAGUUCUCAGCUGCAUCUCCUCUUCCUGUUGCCCCCUUGCCUUCCACGCCCUGCCCAGCCUUUCCCAGCCUUUCCGCCAGCCUUAGAGAUCCAGUUUGGAGGUUUCUUUUGUAUCUUUAAGGAUUCCUGUACCCUGACUCCUGCCCCCCCCCACCCCCGUAGUCUCACGUGGAAAGAAAUAAUGUAUUUGUGCCUUCUGUGAGGGAUGGGGGAGCAAGUGGCCCCAGGGCUCCCCACUUCCCAGCCCUCCUCCUUCUCCACGUCCCCCACAGCAAUAAGAGCUUCCCACACCCAUAUUCCUCCCCCGAUGUGUAGUUUGAACAAAUAUA